CCCAUAAUCACCCAAAAAAAUAGGUUUUUACGUAUUUUUUUGAAAAUAUGUAAGUAAUACCAAUAAAUUAUUUUUAUAAAUUGUAUUGAUCAAUUCUACAAUAUUAAAUAAAACGUUAACUAAUAAUAUUUCAGGAAAUUUUAAAAAUCUAUAUAUAAUAAAAUGAAAGUAAUUAAUUUUCAGUGUUUUCAUGUUGCAGUUGAUCAACAUGUUGGCCUUUUGCUUCCCGUAGAUACUUUAAAAUUUCUUCAUAACACCUCGUUCGCACACAUGGCCGUAUAUAUUUAAAUUCUUGAGCCACUAACAGUCCGAAAUACUCAUUUCUUUUAUCCUCUUCUCCAUAAAUUAAGCAUUUAGAACAGUUUGUUUCUUCUUUCAGUAAAUUUUCUUUUACUUUAUCCUCGUUUUUUUCUUUGUUGCGACGACGCUGGGUAAAUCAUCUGGACACUGGGUCUCACUAUCGCCAAAUAUAUUUGGAGAUCGGCUUCGGCUACGGCUUGGCAGACAUUUUUUUCUUUCUACAAUUUUAAAUUAAAUUUAUUAGAAUAAAUGCUUAGAACACACGCGAUCUAAGUACCUUUUGUGUUUAUUAUACCUUACCUACCUAGGUAUAAAAAGAGUACUUACGUAGAUUUUCUUUUAUUAACUGUUUUAUACGAAGAUCUUGAUCUCUCAAAUUAGCAUCCAUUUUACUUCCAGUGAUUAUCAACUAAAUUAAUAAUCCACAAAGUAUUAAAUAACGUUUUUAUGAAAUAUUUAGCACAAAAACAAUACCCUUUAAAUAUCGAUCGUCAGUAACUGUGGCUGACUUACCUAUAUUCUAGCAAGCAGGACUGCCAGAUGUGAAGGGGAAAUCCCCAAUAAAUUGUUGCAUGUGACUGAUGAUGUGAGCAUGUUCGUUUCAUAAUAAAAAUGUUGCCAGGUAACCAAAAAGUCGUAUGUUUUUGUGCGAAUUACGAUCAUAAUCUUUACGAUCGUACAUUAAAAAAUAGACAAAUAAUAGUAUGAGUACGAUUUAAAUCGUAUAUCUGUCAACCCUGCUAGCAAGACAGCGACAAAAUCACGUUGCAUAACAAUGUAGCCCAAGCUUAUAUCUUAUGAAAUAUACGGAAGAGAUACGGACUUAGAAAAAACAGAAAUGUUGUUCUUUGUGGAAGUCAUUGAUGAAAUUCUAUGUAUUUUAGCCCGCAAACUUUCUUCAAACAAAAACAGCGCCAUCUAGUAUCGAGUUCUGUAAUUAUCUCUUUGUUUAUGGAUUUGAAGUAAGACCGCCACGCAUGCAAUACAUUAUGACUGGGGAUUCCCCUAUUCGUCGACGCUGAAUAUGAGGCGACGACAAUCACUGUCAAACGUGUUCACUAUUACUCUGACUCUGGUAACGUGACUUCCUGGUAACGUGUUAGGUAGGAAAAGCAGUAAAAAAGUGCAUAUUAAGGGAGCAGAUUUGAAAUAAUAUUUAUACUUAACAAGAAAUAAUUAAAGGUUCAAUGGGGAGACCUAAAGAUUUACGCAUAUGGGAGCACUACCGUACUUUACCAAACAAGUCUGUUUCUUGCAAGCUUUGUAAUAAGGUCUACAAAUUCAGUAAUGCUGCCAAAAUGCUUCAACAUCUUAUCACUUGUCCAAAAUCUCCAGAAACAUUAAAAGACUCUAUGAAACUUAUAAAAGAUAGCUCGUCCAAAACCAAAAUGUCUGGACUGUCAGAGAUAGAGACAAAUGAUUCUUUUAUAAGCCCCUCGUCGUCUGCUAACACUACAAUAAAUGCUGAGUUUCAAGACACCGAUGAUCAUAUAAAAACAGAAUUAGCGAGAGCUAUAUUUGUAACAGGGACGCCAUUAUCGAUGGUGCAACAUCCUUUAUGGAUACAAUUUUUCGAAAAAUUGCAACCAAAAUUUAAAAUACCUUCACGUAAAGCUUUAGCGACAAAAUACUUAGAUAAAAUAUAUAGAGAAAUGCGUUUUGAGUUAAAUGAGGAACUAAAUGCUUGUAGUUACUUACACCUUCAGUGCGAUGGCUGGUCUAAUUUAAGAAAUGAAGGAAUAAUAAACUUUCUUAUAUCAAAACCUCAACCUGCAUACGUUAAAAGUUUGAAUACAGAAAGUAAUCCUCACACUAGUGAAUACCUUAGCCAAGAAGUUGAAAAAGUAAUGAAAGUGUAUGGAGCAAAUAAGUUUCUUGUACUUAUUGGCGAUAACGCUAGAAAUAUACAAAAGGCAUUCGAAUUAACAAAACUCAAAUAUCCACAUGUUGUUCCUCUCGGUUGCUGUGCACAUAUCCUUAACUUGUUGUGCCAAGAUAUUGUAAAGAUACAAGAAGUAACUGUGUUUAUUAUGCAAGCCAUAAAUAUAAUAAAAACUGUUAAAAGGAGUCAACGAUUAAGUUCCUUGUUGAUAAAAUCAAGGCAGGGUGAAGAUUCUACACAAACACUAAAAUUGCCUUGUGCUACAAGAUGGGGAAGUCAUGUUACUUCGUUAAAAAGUUUGAAAGCAAAUAAGAUAGCUUUGCAAAUAUUAACAGUUAGAGAAGAUGUGGUAAUUUCAAGAGAUAUUAAAGAUUUAAUUCUAAGUGAUGAUUUCUGGACGAAGACAGGGGAAUGUAUAAGUAUUUUGGAACCAGUCACUGAAAGCAUAUUUUACUUAGAGAGCGACCAGAAUCGUUUGCAUCGCACAUACAUUACAUUUAGAGAUGUACAAGCUAAGAUACGUUUUGCAUUAAAUGAGAUUUCGACAUUGAGCGAAGAAAGCAAACAGCAGAUUCUAACAUCAGUAUCUUCAAGAUGCAAUAUGGCAAUGAGGCCAAUACAUUUUGCAGCAUAUAUUCUAGACCCCAGGACUCUAGGAGUCGAACUUACUCAAGAGGAAGAACUUAAGGGUAUGGAGUUUAUCUACAAUUUAAGCCAACACUUAAGUUUGUCAAAUGUAAUGGCAGAUUUGGCGUGUUAUAAAGCUAAAGAAAACUUUUGGGCCAGAGGAUUUGUAUGGAGCUCAUUAGAUAGCAUUGAGCCCCUAAUAUGGUGGAAAGGUAUUUGUGGUUCCACUGAGUUAAGCAAAGUAGCGAUUCGUAUUCUAUCAGCUCCCUGUACUUCGGCAGCCACUGAGCGUUCCUUUAGUAUCCAAGGCUACAUACAUAAUAACAAAAGAAAUCGACUUACAACUGAAAGAACUGAAAAAAUUUCAUUCAUUUGUUAUAACUGGAAUCUUAAACAUAAAGCUGAAUGCGAGGACAUUCAGUUUAAUGAAGAAAAUACCUUAGAAGCUUUCAUUGAGCAAGUAAAUGAACAUAACAGUUUAGACGAAAUAGAGCCUAUCGAACCUAUACAAUUCAUCGCUUGUAAUAACUCUGAAUCUGACAGUGAUUGACUGUAGUUUUACAUUUUACUUUCAUCUCUUUCUUAAUAAACUCAAAAUCAAAUUAAAAGUUUUUUAUUCUGUAGGCUGCAUAAUAAUAUUGUCUAUGUCCAGUAUAGUGGACGUCUUGCGGCUGAGAUGACGAUGAUGAAGUACAAAAUCAUAAACACCCAAAAAUUUGGGUGUUUAUGGGGUUUAAACCCAAUAAACCCAAAACACCCGGUUUUUACCCACCAGACUUUAAACCCACCCAGGUGGAUUGCCCAUCUC